GGUUGAGGCAGGUGGCCAGUCGAAGCUACUCGACGAAAGCGAAUACUGCUCUUCAGCCCCCUGAUGUUUCCCGUUUAGCUGAAACAGCUCGCAUUUCUCUCACCAUGGCUGAGGUUUGGUCAGCUUCAAGCCGUGGAUCUUCAAAGUAUUGAGCCAGUUAUUAGGGCAGAUGCUGAAGGUGACAACUUGCGAGAUGAUUUUCCUGAAAUAUUUGAGAAUAGGGAAGCCAUGAUAGCCGCUUUGCCAAUCUACGAGGAGCCUUACAUCAAAGUUCCCAAAGUGUUGAACAAGGAAUAGUGGCAAAAACCAUGAAAAGAAUUCUCAGAGGCCUCCCAUUCUCCUCAAGCCACUUGCGUGGAAUAUUUCCAAGAUCAAACCUGAAGAUCAAUAUCCAUUCCAAUUGUUCAAACAUUUACUUCCGAACAAUAUGCUCUAGUGACACAAGUAACGUCCAAGUUUCCAACAUCACUCCUGUAGCCCACAUUGAAAAAUCUCAUACUACCCUUUAUCCCAAUCUAAUCUUAAGGGCACGAUCAGGCGAUCAGGUGUUCUUCACGUCGGUUCAUCCGAAUCUUGUGCUUCAAAUUCCUAAGAACUCAACAAUGGCUUCCCAUCUCUACUGUCACCAUUUCUCUCAAAAACUCUCAUUUCCCUCAUUUCUUCCUAAGACAAAUUCCUCAUUUACCCUUCUACCCACCAUUUCCUUACGCUACCCCUGUCGGCCCUUCGCCGUUUCAGUCUCCUCUCACGGCCACGGUGGCGGAGGAAGUGGCACUAUCAGCUUCACUUGGGAUGAUGUGUCUCGACUCUCUAAUUCUCCUGGAAAUCACUCUUCUGACCUACAAGGCUUCUUCGAUAAGGUCAAACUCUGCAAUCGCAAUUCGGAAAAGAAAAAUGAGUUCAUGCCAUUUGUUAUGGAGAAUCAAAUAGUUGGCUAUGUUCACAAUGGGUUUGCUGAUCACCUGAGGGCAUUUAGAAAUGUGUUUGUGUUCCCCAAAGAUAAUUCUUAUGGCAGCCAUUUUGGGUGCCAUGUUACAUUACAUCCGUUGCUUAAGACACCGGAGGAUAGGACUGCUGCUUUUGCUGAAGUGGUCAAGUCUUUAGGGGAAGAACUGAUUCCAGGUAUACGGAAUGAGCUAUAUCCAGUAGUGUCAUCUUUUGGUACAUCAAUAUUUUUUUCAAUGGAAAGAGCAGCAGCACCGUACUUUGGGAUAAAGGCUUAUGGAGUUCAUAUGAAUGGCUAUGUUGAAAGCAACGGGCAGAAGUUUCUAUGGAUAGGGAAGAGAAGUGAAGAAAAAUCAACAUUUCCUGGAAUGCUUGAUCAUCUAGUUGCUGGAGGACUGCCACAUGGGAUUUCUUGUGGAGAGAAUCUUGUGAAAGAAUGCAAAGAAGAAGCAGGGAUUCCAGAAUCUUUUUCCACCCAGGCUAUACCAGUAGGGGCUGUGUCAUACAUGGAUAUAGAUAGAUAUAGAUUCAAGAGAGAUGUCCUCUUUUGCUAUGAUCUUAAGCUUCCCGAAAGCUUUAUUCCUAGUAAUGAAGAUGGGGAGGUCGAAAGCUUUAGAUUGGUCCCCAUCUCUGAAGUUGCAAAUAUAAUCAGGAGGACUUCAUUUUUCAAAACAAACUGCAAUGUUGUUAUAAUUGAUUUCCUUAUACGGCAUGGGUACAUAAAGCCCGAAGAAUUCGGGUAUUUAGAGCUACUGCAGAGUUUGAGAAGUGGAGAUUGCUCCUAAUUUAGAACUACAUCAGUCUGUUUUUCUGAUUCUUUGUUUUGCCACUCAUUUUUUUUUAGCAAUGGUACUUGAGUUAUUUUCAUUUUUCUGAGAGGGACAUUUUUUGACAUAUAACUUAAUCUUAUUAAGUUUUCAACUCU